AUGCAACUUGAGACAAAGCCUCAUUUGCAGCUACGGAAGCAAUUGAAGGCAUGGUCAUCAAUAGUAAAGGGUACAAAGGCAUACAUAUACAUAUACAUUUCUUUUAAUAAAGUCAGAAUUAUAUAUGUUCAAAGGGAACAGAGCAAGACCUUCACUUUGAAUGCUGAUGCCUUCUUGAAGAUGAAAAGAUUAAGAUUGCUCAGAGUCUCCUUGCCUUCAAGCUUCCAACAAGAAAACCAUGUAUUAAGAAUGCUCAAAGUCUUUCAUCGACUGAAUUCUCAAGAUCUCAAAUAUAUUUCUGAUGAGUUACGGCUUCUAGAUUGGAGUGGAUAUCCUUUCAGAUCCUUGCCUUCAAGCUUCCAACCAGACAACCUUGUUGCACUUCUCCUACCCAAUAGCCACAUUGAACAUCUAUGGAAGCCUUUAUCUAAAUUGAAAUUAGUCAACCUUCAAGGCUCCAAAAACUUGAUCAAGGCACCAGAUUGCACAACGGCACCAAAUCUCGAAAGUUUGAUUUUGGAAGAUUGUACCAGACUAGUUGAUGUUAAUCUCGGUGUUCAAAGCAAGCCUAAACUUUUGAAUUUAAGAGGCUGCAAAAGUCUUAGGUCUCUUCCAAACAAAAUUGGAAUGGAAUCUCUUGAUAAAUUAAUUCUUUCAGGCUGCUCAAAUCUUCAAAGGUUUCCAGAGAUUGAAGGCGAAAUGGAAUGUUUGCAGGAGCUUCAUUUAGAUGGAACAGGCAUUGAAGAACUUCCCUCUUCAAUUGGACGUCUCAGCCAUCUUGUUUUGUUAAAUCUGAAAAAUUGCAAUAACCUUUCGAGUCUCCCAAACAGCAUAGAUGGGUGCAAAUGUCUAAAAACUCUUAAUCUCUCUGGUUGUUCUAAAGUUGGAACUUUGCUAGAGAAUUUGCUGCAAGUAGAAUUUUUGGAGGAGCUUGAUUUAAGUGAAACUUCCAUAAGAAUACCACCAUCCUUCAUUUUUCAAUUUAAAAAUCUGAAAGUUUUGUCUUUCAAAGGAUGCAAGGGACCACCAUCAAAAUUACGAUCAAAUUUCCCUUCUCGUUUCUUGGCAAGAGGAAGUAUAGAUUCCAUGGCUCUGAUGUUACCUCCUUUGUCAGGUUUGAGUUCUUUGACAAAGCUGAAUCUGAGUGACUGCAAUCUUGGGGAUAUUCCUAAUGAUAUUGCUUGUUUGUCCUCUUUGAAAGAACUUUAUCUUAGUGGUAACAAUUUCAUCUGCCUUCCAGAAACUCUUAGUCGACUUUCCAAGCUUUAUCUUCUUGAGUUGGUAGAUUGCAGGAAGCUUAAAUCGUUGCCUAAGCGUCUCCCUAGCGUACGAUGCGUGUACCUAGAUGGUUGUGCGUCACCGGAAGAAGAUGCAGAUCCAAUAAUAGAAUGCAAUUUACUUUUUGGCAGAUUUGGUGAAUUUAGAGGUAUUAACUGCUAUAAAUUGGCUGAGAAAAACAAUGCAUUGACAAUGCUGAAAAAACACAUUAAGGUAUUUGUGAAUGUAACACGGGCCUUUGACAUUUUUAAUGAUAGUCAGUGGGUGGGAGUUGCUCUCUGCUGCGUUUUUGUUAAUGAUGAAGCCUACAAUUUUGAUGAUGAUAAGUGGAAGCCGUCGAAGGAUAUCUGCCAUCGCAUGGAUGGUUACUAUCGUAAAUAUGGUCGGACCUGUUAUUUCCUCCCAAUGAAUAGGCGGCAGCAUGCCAAGAAGGACCACCUUUGGCUAACUUAUAUGUGUCGUUCCCAGUUUUAUCUCGAUGAGGUCAACGAAUUUGAAUCUGGAAUACGAAACGGAAUACGAAACGAGUCGUAUUGCAAAGUGAAGAAGUAUGGGCUUCGAUUAGUGUACAAGAAAGAUUUGGAAGAGAUGGAACAAAUACAAGAGAAGCACAACAGUCCAGCGUCUACAGGGAAUGGUGGUGCCCUUGGAAAGCGAAAGAGAGAUAUCUAUGAGAAGAGGGCAGGGCUGAGUGAGAUUGACAGUGCUGAAGAGAGACCACCACCUAAAUGGCCAAAAAAAUUAUAA